GUCCGACUUCAGUACUCAAACUAUUAUUUGGCGUCCCAGACGGGAAGAGAGGAGAGGCAUUCAAGUUGUAAAAUGAAGUUGCUUUUCGUUGUCACCUUUUUCCUCUACAUUUCUGUUGGUAAGUCUAAGCGCAACCCAUACUUUUUUUUAAGGACCAAUUUUACCAUUGCCAAAGUCAUAGAUGCAAAGCUUGAGUAAGAUGCACUCGCUCGGCUCUUGGUGCACGGUAGUAGUAGUCAUUGUAUAUCUUCAAUUCUCCUUCAUAACCUAGUUUUGUUCGGAAUUCACCGAUUCAAUUAGUGUAUGUUACUCUGCAUAAAGGAAAUUGAGGGACUGGGCGCGAUUAUUUAAGGAAUGUACACAUUUACACUUAAAAUCCUGUAAAGCAACCGAGUUAGUUUACAUCGAGCCAGGCAAAGAAAAUCUUUAAAAGCAUAUGGAAUUCAGUUCAUGACUCAUUGAAGAUCAAAAUGACGUAUUCCAAGGUUAUUUUGAGUCCAAGCUCGUCAAUUAUGUUUUGCUCGCCAUGGGAAAGCAUUUUAAUUGACUAAUUUAAGAUUUGGAAUAAAAAAAUGCGCAACAAAGUGCUUCUUUGUGAAUUCUUCAAUUUUUUUUUUCAGCAGCAUUGUGUCGAUGACAUUCUGCAGCAAUAGCCACAGAAUUCUUUGUUUUCCGUUUUAUUUGAACAUAUGUUUAAAGAAGCCACUGUUAAUUUUUGUAUUGAUUACAAAUUUCGUUAUAGGCGUACAUCACAAAAGAUGUUUCGAAAUACGCUAACAGCGCCAAUGUUUCAGACAAGAUGAUGAUGAUGCUUAAGCUAAAACCAUUCACUUUCUAGUGGUUAUUUUUCGUCCCGAUUGUGUCGCACUGUCGUCGCCACAACCCAUCUUGUUGAAGAUGGAAGGACGAAAAACUACAGUGCUACCCAAUGAGGGAAAAUUUUAGAUAGCUAAGUCUUUUGUUCUCCUUUGUUUUAAAGAGGUAGUUCUAUGAAGAUUCGUCUCAACCUUAAGACAGGAUCACGUGUCCCAUUGUUUUCUCUUGAAAAGAUCUGAAAAUCUGUAUGAUUCAAAGUGAAUAGCAUGUAGCUAUUUCAAUAUAACUUUCGAAACAAUUUCACAACUGAAACCAGAUCUGAAGAGCUGCCAAGGAAUAAAAAACAUUUUUUUUCUACCUCAGGUUACGGCUUGAAGUGUUACUCAUGUUCAAGGGAUAACUGCAACGACUUCAAGGUAGAAAAGCAUUGUCCAGCCAGAUACGAUCGCUGCGCCAAAUUAUCUGUACACGUAGAAGGUACAUCCUUUCAAGAAUAUUCCAAAUACUGUACGACUGAAAAAGGUUGCAACAUUGACCUGAUUUCACGCUGCAAAGGCAAAGUAAAAUGUAAACUGGAUUGUUGCUCUGGUGAUUUUUGUAAUGCUGCCACACUUCAGAAAGUCAGCGUCGCUGCUCUUAUCGCAUGUGCUUUAAUGGCUUUGCUGUAUUAGAAUGAAAAGAUGCAGUUUUCUUAGUUGUGUUGAACUUCGUGGCUAUAGACAGAACCUAAUGCAGUUGUUAUUAAUAUUUUUCAUAUGUUUCCUUUUUUAAACAUUGCAAGCAAUACCUUUAACCAUGCC